AACAAUUUGCUGAGAGUCAUCAAUUAUGCAGGGAAGUCGCGCGCGCCGCGGAAGGAGGGAGAGAUAGCAGCAACAAUAUGGCGACAGCCGCAGUUACUCCCGACUUUUCCUCCGCAUCUGCAGUUCACUGACACCACGCCGGAUUUCUGUUAAUGCCAGAAAAAAGCUGACCAUCUGGGAUGAAAAAAAAAUAAAAGGGAAAUAGCUGCAGGAUGAAAACAUGGCUGCACCCCUUCUUGCACCCCCAGGACCUGACAGCUUCAAGAAAUUUACCUCAGAGUCACUUGCUAACAUUGAGAAGCGCAUCAAUGAAGAGAAGAACAAGAAACCACCAAAACCCAGAUCAGACAGUAGUCACCGUGACACAUCUGAUGACAAUGAACCCAAGCCCAACAGUGACUUGGAGGCUGGGAAGAGCCUGCCGUUCAUCUAUGGAGAUAUUCCUGAUGGAAUGGUGGCCACGCCACUGGAGGAUUUGGAUCCAUUCUAUUUGAAUAAGAAAACAUUUAUAGUCCUAAACAAAGGAAAAACAAUCUUCCGCUUCAGUGCCACACCUUCCUUGUACAUCAUAAGCCCUUUUAAUUUAGUUAGGCGAAUAGCCAUUAAGAUUUUGAUACAUUCGUUAUUCAGCAUGGUCAUCAUGUGUACGAUUUUGACCAACUGUAUAUUCAUGACUUUUAGUGACCCCCCAGAAUGGUCCAAACAAGUAGAGUAUACCUUCACGGGUAUCUAUACAUUUGAGUCACUCACAAAAAUUGUUGCCCGAGGCUUUGCUAUAGAUGAUUUCACUUUUCUCAGAGACCCUUGGAACUGGCUUGAUUUCAUGGUCAUCUCAAUGGCAUAUAUUACAGAGUUUGUGGACCUUGGGAAUGUCUCUGCGCUGAGAACGUUCAGGGUUCUUCGAGCUUUGAAAACUAUUUCUGUCAUUCCAGGUCUGAAGACCAUUGUGGGCGCUCUGAUCCAGUCUGUGAAGAAGCUGUCAGAUGUGAUGAUCCUGACUGUCUUCUGUCUCAGUGUGUUUGCUCUGAUUGGACUCCAGCUCUUCAUGGGGAACUUAAGACACAAGUGUGUCUUCUGGCCAAUCAACAUGACUGACCAAUACCUUCCAAAUGGCAGCAGGGGUUUUGAUUUUGGCGAGUACAUCAUGAAUGACAGUAAUUUCUACUUCCUUCAUGGCAGUCCUGAUGCUCUACUAUGUGGAAACAGUUCUGACUCAGGGCGGUGUCCAGAGGGCUUUACAUGUAUGAAAGCUGGAAGGAACCCCAACUAUGGCUAUACCAGUUUUGACAGCUUUGGAUGGGCUUUUCUCACCCUUUUUCGGCUCAUGACCCAAGACUUCUGGGAGAAUCUUUACAUGCUGACUCUUCGAGCUGCAGGAAAGACCUACAUGAUCUUCUUCGUGCUGGUCAUUUUUGUGGGCUCUUUCUAUCUGGUGAACCUUAUCUUGGCUGUGGUGGCCAUGGCUUAUGAGGAGCAGAAUCAGGCCACCAUGGAGGAGGCAGAGCAGAAAGAGGCUGAAUUCAAGGCCAUGCUGGAGCAGCUUAAGAAGCAGCAGGAGGAGACUCAGGCUGCUGCUAUGGCAACGUCUGCAGGUACAGUGUCAGAGGCCGCAUUAGAGGAUGAAGGAGGGGGGCACUUGUCUCGCAGCUCUUCUGAAGUCUCCAAGCUCAGUUCCAAGAGUGCUAAAGAGCGACGUAAUCGCAAGAAGAAAUGGCGUCAGAAAGAGCAAGAGAAAGAAAAGGGAGACAGUGAAAAGGUCGUCAAGUCUGAGUCUGAUGAUGGCAGUAAGAGAAGCACUAUUCGUUUUCCAGGUACCCGGCUGGGGAGGAAAACAUCCAUUAUGAACCAGUCACUUCUCAGCAUCCCGGGAUCACCCUUCAUGUCACGUCACAACAGUCGCAGCAGCAUCUUCAGCUUCAAAGGCCGCUCCAAGGACAUGGGAUCUGAGAAUGAGUUUGCUGAUGAUGAACACAGUACAGUAGAGGAGAGUGAAGACCGAAGGGGAUCUCUUUUUAUUCCUUACCGCCGCAAUAGCUACAGUGGCUACAGCCAAGGUUCAUCACGCAUCCAUCCACUGGCACCCCACUCUGGAGGGAAGAGGAACAGCACAGUCGACUGCAAUGGCGUGGUGUCUCUCAUCGGUCCUGGGCCUGGCAGACGGCUUCUGCCUGAGGUGAAAAUAGAUAAGGCAGCCACUGAUGACAGUACUACAGAUGUAGAGAUGAAGAAGAAGCACUCUGGUUCUCUCAUGGUGUCUGUGGAUCAGCUCAACUCCUCCUUCAAAGGGAAGGACCAUGCUAACAGUCAGAUGAGUGUAGUAACCAACACACUGAUAGAGGAGUUGGAGGAGUCUCAGAGGAAAUGUCCUCCCUGUUGGUACAAGUUUGCAAACAUAUUCCUCAUCUGGGAGUGUUGUCCACUCUGGCUAAAGAUCAAGCACAUAGUCUACCUGAUUGUCAUGGACCCAUUUGUCGAUCUGGCCAUCACCAUCUGUAUUGUUCUCAACACUCUCUUCAUGGCUAUGGAGCACUACCCGAUGACUGACCAUUUUGAGGGUGUGCUGUCUGUUGGUAACCUGGUUUUCACAGGUAUCUUUGCUGGAGAGAUGUUUGCCAAAUUGAUUGCCAUGGAUCCUUACUACUACUUCCAGGAGGGUUGGAACUGCUUUGAUGUCAUAGUGACUCUGAGUUUGGUUGAGCUGGGUCUGUCUGAUGUGGAAGGACUGUCAGUACUCAGGUCAUUCCGACUGUUACGAGUGUUCAAACUGGCCAAAUCAUGGCCAACCCUCAACAUGCUGAUCAAGAUCAUCGGUAAUCAGGGGAGCUCUGGUAACCUGACCCUGGUGCGCAUCAUGUUCAUAUUUGCUGUGGUGGGCAUGCAGCUGUUUGGCAAAAGCUACAAGGACUGUGUGUGUAAGAUCGCAGCAGAUACGUGUAUGCUGCCCCGCUGGCACAUGAAUGACUUCUUCCACUCAUUCCUGAUUGUGUUCCGAGUUUUGUGUGGGGAGUGGAUUGAAACGAUGUGGGACUGUAUGGAGGUGGCAGGACAGUCCAUGUGCCUUAUUGUCUUCAUGAUGGUCAUGGUCAUUGGAAACUUGGUGGUACUGAACCUGUUUUUGGCUUUGCUGCUGAGCUCAUUCAGUGCUGACAACCUUGCUGCCACAGAUGAUGAUGGUGAGCCCAACAACCUCCAGCUUGCUGUUGCUCGGAUUAAGCGUGGUAUUGCUUGGUUCAAGGCCCACAUGCAAAUAUUUGUAGCUACAGUGCUGAAGGGGGUAUAAUAAACUAUAUUUGCAUCAGCCAUAGAAGAUGAACAGAAACCCCUGGAUGACAUGUAUGACAAGAAGCUCAACUGCAUUGCAAACCACACUGUAGUAGACAUCAAUCGUGAACUGGACUAUGGAAAAAUGGCAACGGCACCCACCAGUGGUAUAGGCAGCAGUGGAAAGUAUAUGAUUGAUGAGGACUACAUGUCCUUCAUCCACAACCCCAACCUCACUGUCUGCGUUCCCAUUGCUGUUGGUGAAUCUGACUUUGAAAAUCUCAACACUGAAGACUUCAGCAGUGAGUCAGAUGUGGAGAACAGCAAAGAUCUGGAUGACACCAGUUCAUCUGAAGGCAGUACAAUUGACAUCAAACCGGAUGUGGAGGAGGUUGCGGUGGUGGAGGUGGUGGAGGAGUACAUCGACCCAGAACCCUGUUGGACAGAUGAAUGUGUGGCCAAGUACAAGUGCUGUGACGUUCCCAUCACUCAUGGCUGGGGGAAGCACUGGUGGUUUUUAAGAAAGACCUGCUACUUGAUUGUAGAACACAACUGGUUUGAAACCCUCAUCAUCUUCAUGAUCCUCCUGAGCAGUGGAGCUCUGGCCUUUGAAGAUGUGUACAUUGAACAGAGGAAGACGGUUCGUGUCAUUCUGGAGUAUGCAGAUCGGGUUUUCACCUAUAUCUUCAUCCUGGAGAUGUUGCUGAAAUGGGUGGCCUAUGGCUUUGUCAAAUACUUCACUAAUGCCUGGUGCUGGUUAGACUUCUUCAUCGUCGAUGUGUCUAUAGUCAGCCUUAUAGCUAAUGCGUUGGGCUUCUCCGAUCUAGGCCCCAUUAAAUCACUCAGGACACUGAGGGCCUUGAGACCCCUCAGGGCCCUGUCACGUUUUGAAGGGAUGAGGGUGGUGGUGAAUGCCUUGGUUGGUGCAAUUCCCUCCAUCAUGAAUGUGCUGCUGGUGUGUCUCAUCUUUUGGCUCAUCUUUAGCAUCAUGGGUGUCAACCUGUUUGCUGGAAAGUACUACUACUGCUUUAACGAAACAGCUGAGGAGUACUUCCCUCCUAACGUGGUCAACAACAGAUCUGAGUGCUUCGCACUGAUUGAGGCAAAUGUCAGUGGGGUCAGGUGGAAGAAUGUCAAGAUCAACUUUGACAAUGUGGGUGCAGGAUACCUCGCACUCUUGCAAGUGGCCACAUUCAAAGGCUGGAUGGAUAUCAUGUACGCAGCAAUAGAUUCCAGAAAGGUGGAGCUACAGCCAAUCUAUGAAGACAACUUAUACAUGUACAUCUACUUUGUCAUCUUCAUUAUCUUCGGCUCAUUCUUUACCUUAAAUCUAUUCAUUGGUGUCAUCAUCGAUAACUUCAACCAGCAGAAGAAAAAGUUUGGAGGUCAGGAUAUCUUCAUGACAGAAGAGCAGAAGAAAUACUACAAUGCCAUGAAAAAGCUCGGGUCAAAGAAGCCACAAAAACCAAUACCCAGGCCUCAGAACAAAAUCCAGGGUAUGGUGUUUGACUUUGUGACGCAGCAGGUCUUCGAUAUCUCCAUCAUGAUCCUCAUCUGCCUGAACAUGGUCACUAUGAUGGUGGAAACAGAUGAUCAGUCUCAGGAAACAGAAGAUGUACUCUACUGGGUCAACUUCAUCUUCAUUGUGGUUUUCACGGGAGAGUUUCUGCUGAAGCUCUUUUCCCUACGGCACUAUUACUUCACCAAUGGUUGGAACAUCUUUGAUGUGGUUGUGGUCAUCCUUUCAAUUGUGGGAAUGUUCUUGGCUGACCUGAUCGAGAAGUACUUUGUGUCCCCAACCCUCUUCAGAGUGAUUCGUCUGGCCCGUAUUGGCAGAAUCCUGCGUCUUAUUAAAGGAGCAAAAGGAAUUAGAACUCUGCUGUUUGCCCUAAUGAUGUCUCUUCCUGCGUUGUUCAACAUUGGCCUGUUACUUUUCCUGGUUAUGUUCAUUUUCUCCAUCUUUGGCAUGUCUAACUUUGGCUAUGUAAAGCACGGAGCCGGAAUUGAUGACUUGUACAACUUUGAGACCUUUGGCAACAGCAUGAUCAUCCUAUUCAUGAUCACCACAUCAGCUGGCUGGGAUGGCCUGUUGCUGCCCAUUCUUAACUACCCUCCAGAUUGUGAACUCACAUUCGAGAAUCCUGGCACUCCAGUAACAGGAGAUUGUGGAAACCCCUCUGUGGGCAUUUUCUUUUUUGUUAUGUACAUCAUCAUAUCAUUCCUUAUUGUGGUCAACAUGUACAUUGCCAUCAUCUUGGAGAACUUCAGCGUGGCCACAGAGGAGAGCGCUGACCCACUCAGUGAGGAUGACUUUGAAACCUUUUAUGAGAUUUGGGAGAAGUUUGACCCUGAUGCCUCCCAGUUUAUCACCUAUGCCAAGCUUUCAGACUUUGCUGAUGCACUUGAACAUCCACUCCGUGUUCCUAAGCCCAACACCAUUGAACUGAUUGCCAUGGACAUGCCUAUGGUGAGUGGAGACCGCAUCCACUGCCUCGAUAUCCUCUUUGCCUUCACUAAACGUGUGCUGGGCGACAGUGGCGAGUUGGACAUGUUGAGGCAACAAAUGGAGGAGCGUUUUGUGGCAGCCAAUCCCUCCAAGGUGUCUUACGAACCAAUAACCACCACUCUGAGGCGCAAGCAAGAGGAUGUGUCUGCCAGAAUCAUUCAAAGAGCCUACCGUUCCUACUUGACGAGGCGGGGUUUUGUCUGUACACACAAACCGGUCAAUAACAAAGUGGAGAAUGGUGGGACCAAUCAGGAGCAGGAAAAGAAGGAGAGCACCCCCUCAACUGCCUCUCUCCCCUCUUAUGACAGUGUAACCAAACCUGACAAAGAGAAGCAGGAUGAUGACCACGGAGGGAAAAAAGAGAAAGGACGAAACCAAAAAGACAUCAGGGAAUCUAAAUGUUAGUGUUGGAGUAAUAUUCAUAGUAAUAACAACAAAAUUAUAAUAAUGUAACUUCAAGCAAAGUGACAGGAAACUCACUCACACAGAUGUACAGAUUAUUUCAUUUGCAAGUCAGAAAAAUUUCAAUAAUUUUGUUUACGGACUUCAUUCUUAUAUUGAUGCAAAGGAAAACAGCUUUGCCUGUUACAGCUUUGAUGACUCUUGAACUUCAGUAAAACCAAACGUAAUCAGCAUACUGUGUGACACUACAUCUAGUGACCUUAAUAAAAUGGAAUGAGCAACAGACACCUCACCAAGGAAAUGUCUGUAUCUGCUGAAGUCCAGGAAAUCUACAACAAAAGGCAGAAUGGAAGAAAACAAAGAAAAAUAAACAGGACAAGAAUACAGUGUCUGAAAGCAAGUAAUGGAUUCCUAUGGAAGACUUUUGAGAGGGAAAAUUGAGGAUAAUGCUUGAUGCUGACAAAUCAUCAUCCUCAAAACAGUUAAAUAACUGGAACUGUCAUGAGUUCUGAAAUAUAUAGAGGAACAAAAUGACAGAAUCCCUAAGGAUGACAGGUGACUGAAGGACACUAAUGACAGAGAGCACUGGAAGUGUUUUUUUUUAAUUAAUGCUAAAAAGUAUUAUUUUGAGCAACAACAAUGCAAACACAUGUAACAGAACAAUAUUUAACAUUUUGCCCAUGUCACAUAACUCUUCUACUCAUUUGAUCUUUGUUGUACCAACAUCA